UGUGGGUCGCAUUUUUUCUCGCGGACGUCCUUCGUCGAAGAACCUUUAAAAUUCGGGCGUGUGGUUGAAUGAAUACUGGAGUUCGUACGGAACUUGCGUGCGUGAAUCUCUUGUGCGGAUGAUUAUUAUCGGUGGCGAUCUGUGUACACUCCUGUGCGCUGAAUUUGUCCGCGGUCCUGCAAAUCCUUGUGCGAUAGUGAAGUGCUACUAGGGUGCAAAGGAAAUUCUACUGAAGACAGUGCUGUGAGCUUGUGUUGAUAAUCCUUGGUGUAAAGUGUGUCCCGCAUAGUUCCGUGCAUUCAAAAACUCGUUAUCUGCUAUCUAGAUUACUAGGAUUUCAGCGUCUCGUUUUGCAAAGUGGAAAAACUUUGAAAAGGACUUGGCGGUGCGAUAAGACUGUAACGGAGUCGGGCCUCGUAACAACCCACAAUUGAAGGUUCACUCCCCAUUUGCUGAAUCCUCAUGAAUAGACAAAAAGCCGCAGGAAUGUCACAGGACGACAUCCUGAAUACCAUCAACAGUAAAGCAACGAAGUAAGGCUGCAAAAACAAUAGGGGCAGCAUCAAAACCGCUUGAUUUCCUUUCGUCUCGGAGAAUAUUUAAUGAAAUAUGGAGCAAGAGCAACUUUGGCUUUUUACUACGCCAUUCUUCUAAAAAGCCGGAGGCCAUUUCGAGUUUAUGCUAAAGAGGAAGCACGGGCAAGCAUGUAACCAAAAGAACAACUGGCAAAGGAUUAUCAAAGUUUCGGAAUUGUUUGUGCGUUAUUUGUGCGUUCGUGCGUGUGCUCGGUCGAAACUGUGCGGCGUGUGUGGAAGUGACUUCUCGAAUUGAGUGCUUCAAGUAUUCUGAGUGAAAAUAAUAAAAAUGUGGAAAAGUUUCUCAGGAAACAGUUUCAUAAUGAUGUGAAUAUAUGCAAAGUCAAGUGCAUGCAAAUUCGUCUUCGGCCUCAUAUUAUUUUUCUCCUUCCAACCACACGACAACCAUUUAGAGAAAGCUUUUCAUCCCAAGGUCGCUAAUCCAAUGCCCGGUCACUUCUAAUGAGGACAUCGAGUAAGACAUGUCAGGUACAAAGGACUUGGAGAAAUUGUUUAGAAGGUGCUUUCAAGGGGUUACCGAUAUGCACAAUACUUCUUUUAAUUACUCCCAACAUAUAACAGAAAACCCUACACAUUGGAUAACAGUGGCAAUGGCAUAAUAGAAAUUAAUGAAAGUCCUCCCCUUUCAUGUUCAAAUAAAGAGUUCGAGUUCAAUUUCACGCCACACAUUUGAAUUUCAAUUUUGGCCUAAAUUACAUUACAUUAAAGGGUCCACACAGGCGUCAAUUUUUUUCGAAAAAUGUUUUGGCAAAUUUCAGAUAAAUUUGAACAUAUUUACUUUCUUGCCAACGUGUUAUCCCAACAUAUAAAUAUAUGCACAUGCCAUCUUUCUAAACACACAAGCGGUAACUCGGAUCCACACACAUGCAAAUCUUCUCAGGAGUUUUUAUGCGAGUCAUGAAAAUCAUUGCCUUCCAUAAGUGAUUAUCAUUUCUUAUGCCCUUCACUUACCCGCCGGAGCAUUUAACCUUAGCUUUUACUUUGUCGGUCGUUGAAUAAAUUAGACCUCCAGUCCUUGGCCCACACACAAAAACACAUGCUUGCCAUUUGGUCGAUAUACAAAAAUACCAAAUAUUUCAUUUGAAUCCUUCUCGUUGCCUUCUUGUAGCUGGAUCCUGACUCCUAAAAACUUUCGAGAAAGGCGAUAAGAUUUGUCAGGCUCCAAAAGCGGAGACACUGAAGUUUUAAGAUCUACGACUCGCAAAAUAUGUUAAAGAGACGCCAACGGGUACUACUGGGAGAACUAACACCCCCAAAUCUUAAACCUUCGCCAGGAUAACAACAAUCACUGGAACGUGUUUGCAUUCCAAAACGACCGGGCUUCGGCGUAAAGUUGAAGACAUUUGCUUAGAUACUUUGCGUACUCGGGACACGUACACACAUCGGAUACGUUGUUUUUAUCGCUGCCUCCAUCCCCAUCGUAGUGCUAGUCCUGCUUGCAGGCAGGAUUUCCCGAAAUGAGCUUAGAAAGGACUUGGCUGAGAGAGCCGCGGAACCCCGGCCCUACUCCAGCGACAUCACUUUGUAUAUUUUAUGCAAGCGUUUUCGUCCUCUCACUCAUCGGACCAGUACAAGCGAAAAUAGGUUACUUUUGGCAUAUAACAGACAUUCAUUUGGAUUACUUUUAUUCACCGAAAGGAGAGCCGUUAAGAAGUUGUUGGCACUCGGAACACCAUUCAACGUCAUCCAACCGUGCGCCAGGACGUUUUGGAGAUUACCUCUGUGAUAGCCCGUGGAGUCUACUUGAGUCAGCAACUCUGGCCAUGAAAUCCCGACAGGGCGACAACGUGGAGUUUGUCCUUUGGACGGGAGACGGCCUCUCGCACUCUGCACAUCGCCUUCUGGAGUCAACCAGAUUAGACAUCCUUAGGAAUAUAACUGAACUUCUGGGUCGAACAUUUCCGUCUCAAUUCGUAUUUCCCGUACUAGGGCACGAAGAUGGCUCAAUUAGUGACUUUCGACUACUAGGAGAACUUUGGAGACAUUGGCUGCCAUCAGAAGCAGUUCAAACAUUUGAAAAGGGAGGCUACUACACAAUUGAACAGACAAAAAGCCGAUUGAGGAUAAUUGCCCUCAAUACAAAUUUUAUGCGACAUGACCCAAAAUAUUCACAUAGUCAAUUGGCGGCCGUUCGACAGAGACCGAAUUCAAUGGGAAUCGGAGGAACGAGCGGCCUUGACUUGCCCGAGUACAAACACUUCUAUUACCAUCACGGCGAAGGACACCACUAUCAAGGUGACUCCAACAGCUACGGUCGAGUUCCCAUUCCUCAUCACAAUAACAAUGGCGGCGGGGGACAAGUAAGUGCGCUUUCGGGUUACAAUAACCAGGACACCGAGAAGCAGUGGAGGUGGUUUGAAGAAGUUCUGGAAAAAUCAAAACUGAACAAGGAAACGGUGUACAUUGUCGGCCACAUACCACCAGGAUCAGACGAGCGCCUGUUCGGCAGCCAGCAGAACGGACAUACAACGUUUUCAGAGAAAAACAAUUUGCGAUAUCUGAGAUUGGUGCGCAAAUACUCAUCAAUUAUUCAGGGUCAGUUUUUUGGACAUUUACAUUCGGACUCCUUCAGGAUCAUCUACAAUGAUUUGGGAAAACCCGUUUCGUGGAUUAUGAUUUCGCCAUCUGUUACUCCUCGGAAGCUGAGCGUGGGAUCCAAUAAUCCGGCGAUGCGAUUGUAUAAGUUCGACACGGACACAGGACAGGUGUUGGAUUACACUCAGUACUAUUUGGAUUUGGGCUUGGCGAACGCGGGGGAAGCCAACUGGCAGCCCGAGUACAAUUUAACGCAUUACUAUGGAUUAGCCGAAGUGUCGUCUGUAUCGCUACAUAAUCUCGCAGAUCGAUUUACGAAUACGGAAAACGUUCCAUUUGGAAAAUACUAUCGUGCAAACUCCGUACGCUAUCCCACUCAGCCAUGCGAAGGUGUUUGUGCGUUGAAUCACUACUGUGCUAUAACCCGGGUGGAUUACGUGGAAUUUCGACAGUGUCUGGAAUCCGCAGCAAGUGCCCUCGCUUCUCGCUCCCCUACUCUGCUCACAUACUCACCGUCGAUAAUCCUGCUUUUCGUUCCAUUAUUCCUGGCACUCAGUGCAUUCAAAAGUAACGCGCUUAUAGUCCCCAUUGCAGGCAUAGCUGUUUCGCUCCGACUGGCUUCGCGGACCAUCUCUCGUCAGAUAUUCGAUCUGCUGCGAAGGACCUCGCUACCGCAUCUGCAGGAUCGGCUGGUGUUCUCGCUAGCAACAAAAACGUCGCCAAAUCGUGUAAACACACCGAUUAAAUUAGUGAGCAGCUCUAGUCCCGUAUGCAACAGAGCAAAUCGCUCAGAAAGUAGCUUCGAGCUGGGAGCCAUCGCACCGGUGUUUGAAGCAUCAAGGACGCAAGCAACCUUCCGGGAGGAGAUGCAAACGGCAUCGCUACUAUCGUCGCACACAAAUAUAGACAAAUUGAUGCAACCCAGGACAAAAGCCGAGCACAAUACAACUGUAUAUACGAUAAGAAACUUGAUAUGCCAAACUGUGAAUUUAGUUAGUUUUAAUUUUAUUUCUAGUGAAGUUAGCAACAGCAUUCUCCUUAGCAUAAUAUUUAUAUCAGUCAUUGUAAUUGUAACAUGUACUAUAAACCCGAUUGUAGGAGCAUUGCGGUGUGCGCCUGAAGUAAGCUGUUGGUAAGAUUUUGGACAAUUUAUGAUUGUUUAGCAAAUAUCUGGCUCUCUCCUUUAGCGUUUAUAGAUUUUAUAAAAGAUUGUGUACAGCUAGAAUGAUUUGUAAAAUAAUUAGCUUCGCUUCAGUCAGACUGGAAACAUAUAAAGGGGCCUCACAUGCGUUAUUCAAUAGAAAAUUUAAAAUAAUUGUAGGAUGAAGGAUAUUUGGAUUCAAGUGCUAUUUGUUGCGCAAGGAGAGUGAUACGGCAUGGCAAGCAUUUGAUUCCUAGGUAGCUAACAUCUUGUUUCGCAAGAGCCUGGCGGAUUGAGUAUAUUAUCGUGUUUAUCAUUGAGACUUCAAAGCUCCUUGCAAAUCCACCAAAUCGUUCGUUCCAAAGUGGUUAAAGGCCAUUUUCAUUCGGAUCUAAACCAGCGUAAUUUAUAUGAUCAAUGGGCGUGAAAAAUAAUCUUCGACCCAACUUAAAGUAUGUAAAGGCGUAGAUAGCUGUCAGAAGUUGAUAUGUACGUUUAUCAUAAAAGUUACCCUAAGGGAAUCUUAGUCACUUUUAUGUAUUUCGUUACUAGAAAAUGUGGAUGUGCGGUAACUUGAUAGUGAAAUUAACAAGUUUUACUCAUACGAUCAGCUUCAGGGUGAUUCCACUAAGUUUUAACACAUUUUUUAUAUUUUACACAUUUUCUACUUUAUACUUUUCCCCCUCCCCUCUCUUCAUUUACGAAGUUCUUAUCUAGAUUGCAAUACUGAAAACCAUAUAUGCUGGAAUAAGUCGACGAAUAAAUGUGAUAAGCCCGUAUAUAUUAAAUCUUUAAAAAAUUACAGUAAGAUGGCACAAUAUCAACAUCUCAGUUGUGACUCUUAGGGUUGAGUAUAAAAGAAAACUAGACGGAUAUGCUAAUCAAAAUGGCUAAACCAAACAAAAAGCAGUAUUUGGACUUCCAAGACCACACAACAUUCCAAAAUAAAAAAACUUAUGAAGAACAGCGCAAUAACCGUGGUUCAGUCUAGCCCUGUCUUAGUAAGGAGUUCAAGAUAUCCUGUUUUUAUGCCGGGGACCGCUAAAUCGACAUCAUUGGCAGCCCUCUGGCUUUUUAGCAUAUUCCAACGCUCCAUUUAAGGUAGGGUCUGAAGGUCCUGGAGUUCAACGUAAGUACCUGCCGUAUAGGCAUAAUCCUACGGUCCUAUUGGGACACGAUUAAUUUGGAGACCACAAUCAGGGUCCCGCCGCGACUGGCAGAGUGGUACUGCUUUAUAUUAAGUGCAGACACAAAGUUCAUAUCAGUGCAUGCGAGGGCUACCAAACACCUCAGUCGCAACUAAGGUGUGUGGGACCUAGGUUGAUCAAUGCAACACCACGCUUAAACCCAUAAAGAGCCUUGCACGAGAUAUGGGCACAAACACAACCUCGAUGAAAUUCCCAUAAGGGGUUCAACUGAAAAUAACUGAGCCGAGAAUAUAUUGACCAGGAAUUCUCCUGGAGUAUAUGCUCUCAGAGGGCAAUCAUCGCGCCCAUGGUACCAGAUAACCUGCAGUAUUUCUGGUAAAAGCCUGUUCAGAUGAGCUCCGUUGCAAACUAAAUUCUAUUCGUCUUCCUCGCGAACAUGGGGACCUCACUCGUGUGAGGUAGGGUAUGCCACAUAUUUUUUUCUGCGAUAAAUAUUGCCCUUAUGGACUUUCCGAGCUAGAUGAUUACAUCCCUACGGAUUACGUGCCCCACUGUAAUUGAUCUGGAUUUUAACCGCAGCCAGCUGGUUGUAGUUUCGCUCAUAAAUUUCAUCUUUCAGCCUCCUGGUGGGUACCAAAUAUCCUUCGGAGCCUAAAACUUCGCAGUUUUUCUCGCUACGAACCCAAGUCUCCGGGGAAAACAUAAACACUGGCAAGAUUACUGUUUUGUACAAGAGGAGGUUUGACAGAAAAGGCUCUUUUGCUGCCAACAAAUGUACUCAUAUUUUGUUUUAAUAGUUUAUAAUGAAGACUACUUUUCAAAAAUGGUGAGUAUCACUUCAGAACACUUAUUAAAAUUUUUUUCCUGCUAUCAAAUAUUAAUUCUUUAUGCCUAGAAAUGAUCGGGGCAGGGUUAUCAUGACCAUUGGUUGUAAACCUGACCCGGAAAAAUAUAAACUAAAAAUAUCGAAUAGAUGAUGGUCACCUUAAAUUAAGACAAAUAUUGUAAAUUAUCGAAAUGUAAUAAAGAAUAGCUGGCAAGAAGCAACCUUAAACCCUUAUGUAAAAAGCCUGCGCUCUUCCUCUAAGAAUAUACAGUAUCGGAUUAUGCAACCGCAGGCCAUUCUGCAGUGGGAGCUUACAUUACUUCAUGGCAAACGCCUUGAUGGAAUUUUUGCUCUUUUUCGGCUCGUAUCCAUUGCAUUUCUCUGAUUAACACGUCUACGGGAAGCUGGCUUAAACGCCGAUAAAAUUAUUCGUUUUAUAUUAUCUCCUGCCAGAGUGUUCUGAUAACAUGAGAUGUAAGCUGGAAGCUCAAAAGUCAUGUGCUGCUCCGAAACAGCAGCAUAAAGAGAACUUUGCCGUAAAACAGAUUCAACUACAUAUACUCGUAUGUUGAAGUGGAGACAGCAUUUCCAGAUUUUGG